CUAUCUUCCUGCGUGUGUUUAUCAAAAUCACUUUUGUUUGGGAAGUUGUCGCCGACAGUUUUCAUUUCGGAGUUCAUUUUUUGAACGGAAAGCAUUAACAUGGCCUCUCUAGUUGGAACCUGGGACUAUGUCUCUGCCGAAAACUUAGACGCAUACAUGACGGCGACAGCCGUGCCAGAUAACCUGAAGGAGCUUGCCAAAAACAGCAAGCCGACCCUGAACAUCACCCAGGACGGCGACAACUGGAGCCUGAAGACCACCGUCAGCGACAAGGUCAAGGACACGACAUUCAAGGUCGGCGAGGAGUUCAGCACCAAAUCGCUCACUGGCCAGGAUCUCCAGUGCACAGUGACAAUGGAAGGAGAGAGGAUGGUGGAGACGCAGAAGGCAGGCGAUGUUACCAUAGUGAUCACGCGAGAGGUGAAGGGGGAUCAGCUCGUGUCGACCAUGACAGUGGGCGGCGUCACGGCUACAGUAUACUUCAAGAAAGCAUAAUACGCUGUAGUGAUAGCUGGCAUAACAGAGAACUGUCGUUUAGUAUAAAUUUUCACUAAUUUGUAUCCGGAAGUGUAAUACACGGGAACGUACUAAUGCUUUGCUUGAGAAACUGCAGUUGAAUGAGACCGAGUUUUGCGCAGUGAUUCGAAAUCAUUUUUGUUAAAUAAAUAAUACGCGCUUAUCUUAUCUGCGAAUGUUUACUACAUGUUUUAUCUCGCUAGUCAUUGCAUUUAGUAAUUGUUCUUGUGGAAGGGAAAUUAAACUAAAAUUUACUUUG